AUGGCAAUGAUCUGGCUAGCUCCCUUCCUAGUUAUUGUUCAGGCGGGAUUUAUCUCAUCGUGUGUUUUUGACAAAGUGGAUGAGAUCCCGAGUGCUGCGUUGAUUACCAUCGUUCCGGGAAACCUAAACGAGUGUUUUGCUAAGUGCUACGAGCACAAGGAAUGCGUUGGAAUUGAGCAUUUGGAAAAAAGCAGUACGUGCUACUUGUUUCGCGCUGGAGACCGCGAUGUGAGCUGUAAAGAGGUGGAAAGGAAGUGCUACAUCCUUCAACGAGAUGAGAUGGAUCCUGUGUGCAAAACAUACGUGAACUUCUGA